AUGAGUCCAACUAUGGGGUGGAAACCCCCCCCCCAGUACAUCACAACCCUGGUGAAUAAAACGCCGAUAGGAAAGAUAACCAAAAAGAGUGUGAGACCCCCCCUGCGGAGAACAAACGUAAAAAUGAUUUUAGCGCCGAAGGGAUCGAUGCACGAGAAGAAGACGAAAGAAAUUUUGGAAGACCCACUGAAAAACUACCCAUGGGAAAUAAGCAUCCCCUUUCACGAAACGAUUACAAAAGAACUGAGUCCGUAUUAUAACUUCCUGAAAUGUGAAUGGGCAUACGUAGACCACAAAAAGGACGUGAGGAGACCAUGCGGGAAGAUCGAAGGAGGGCUGGAAAAUUAUGAUGGGAAAGGAUUAAAAUUAGAGAAAGGAGUAGACAGACCAAGGUAUAAUAAAAUACCCUACUAUGAUGACCAUGGGGUUGAAUGGAGAAAUAUAAACCAAGACGAGCUAAUAAGAUUUGACUUCCUCCCAGAUGGCAAUCAGGACCAAACCUUCCUCGAAACAGAAGAAGAUCUGGAGCAUCGACAGUGGGGGAAUUGGAAUUAUAACUCUUCUAAAGAGACGACGCAGUUAAACUCUGCUUGGAGAGAUCCCGUGCUGUCUAGAAGUCUGACGAAUUUAAUUUACCCUUGGAAUCAUAAGGCACAUGAAAAUCAUGCUAUUCCUUAUGGGUAUAGCUCCCCCGCUUUGUUUAUACCUGAACCCAAGAUCGAGUGGGAGCUCGCGGCCAGGGGAUUCUUCGCGGGCUAUUAUGAAGAUCCGAACUGGUCACGCAUCAAAUAUUACAAGCAAACCAGGAAACUUAUUUUACAAUGGCAUGAUGAAAGUAAGAACAACGGUGGUGAGAAGGACAGCCGGGUGAUGGACAGAAUCAAAAUGGAGCUCUUUGGAAUGACCACUAAAAAAAGAUACCCCUCCAAGCAAAUCAAACUGAUCAACGAGCAUGCACUGCUGAGAGCCAAAGAAAUCGUUCUAGAUCAUUUAUUGAACCCUAGUGGAGACCCAGAUUAUAUAACCUACUUCCUCGAUAGACAUGAACCCAUAGACUACAUCGGGGGGGGGAACCACCACUGCUCGGAGGAAGAAAUUAAAGACAAAACAGUGGUACUUAACAUGUGUGUUUACCCUGUCAAACAGAGGCAUGAAACUUACUCAAGCAAUAUGUCCAUUUCGGAGAUGGCCGAAAUGUACCACUACUACAUGACGGAAAUAAGGGGAGAGGGCAGGUCCCAUCAGUCAUGUGAAGAUCCGGUGGAGGAUAAGUACCAAUGCUAUGAGUUGCAAAAACAGAGGGACCAAUUUCCUGCCUUGGUAUCACUAUAUAAACCCCUUUGGACGAAUAAAAAAUUUGGAGAUGAAUUUGGGCAGGCUCUCCGGGAGGGAGAGAAAGUACGCCUCGACCAGCUGCGCACGUUUAACAGAAAACUCAGGGUUAAAAGGAGGAGCAAACUCACUCCGGAACAGAGGGACGCCUACAACUACGUCGAUGACUACAGCUGUGUGGACGACCAGUACGAGUUUUAGCCUGCGCGGCGGCUUCGCGGCGGCUGUGUGACAUCUACGCGGAGGCUGUGUACCAUCGACGCACCACUUCUUCACCCUUCUUCACUCUUCUCCACCCCUUUACACCCUUUUUUUUGUACCAUUUGAACACCA